AUGUCGAAAGCCGCUUCUGCGCGAGCAAAGUUCGCAGAACUCCGUGCUCUUCGAGAGUCUGGGAAGAAGCGUCUCGAUACUUACGAGGUACAUCAGGGAGAAGAUUUAUAUGAAGAAGUUGACGAAGAAGGGUACAAGAAGGUCGUAAGAAAUCGUUUAGAUCAAGAUGAUUUCGUCGUCGACGACAACGGCGAAGGCUACGCAGAUGAUGGCCGUGAGGAUUGGGAUCGAGAUAAUAGACGGGGCUACGGAACCGAAAGUGAAGAGGAGCUUCCUACGAGGAGCAAGAAUGGAAAAGCUGCAAAGAGGAAACGAGAGGAAGAAAAGGCCAAAAAGGAAAACAUGGACAAAGGCAUUAGCAACUAUUUUACCAAAGGACCGGCAGCUGCUCAACAAAAGCCAAAGCCUGUCAAAACGAAGGAAGAUGAUGAUUUCUUCGAGGAACUUUUAGGACAGGUAGACACCAAUGUUCCCCGAACAAAAGCCCAGCCUUCGAAAGCCAGUAGAACGCAGGAAAAGAGGAGGACGAGAGCUCUAUCUCCGUCGCUAAACGACUCUCGACAUACGUCAAAAAGAACUAAGGUAGCGGAUAGUCGACCCGCCAACACUACGACAGCGCCAUCUAGCCCGCCUGUCUAUAUGGGUGAUGAUGAUGAUUUUAUGGCUGGAAUUGACGACGAUGAUAUGCCUAUGGAUGAACCACAGCCUUCAUCCCCCGUGGCUAAAGCUGUUGAGAGAAGACUACAUAUCAGUGUUAAGGAAGAGGAAGAGGAUGAAGACAUGAUGGAGGUCGCUCAAGCAGAUGGUAUCACAGCUAGUAGCGUCAAUAUUUCCGGGACCAGGCCUCCGCCUAAGCUGAAAAAGGAGCUAUAUCCGACACCCACAACUUCAUCUCCACCUCGCGGUUCCAUUGACGAAGUGGAUGCAUCGUCUUGGAACGAUGUUACGCAACGAUUGAAUGUUAUGAACAGUAGCCAACCUACGGAAACAAUGUCCUUUGGAAAACUCGACUAUAAUGACGCAAUUGAAGAAGAUGGAAGCCUUCAUAUGUUCUGGACUGAUUAUACUGAGAUGCAUGGCAGUCUGUGUCUUUUUGGCAAGGUUAAGAACAAGAAGACAGGCACUUUUGUUAGCUGUUUUGUAAAAGUCGAUAACGUUUUGAGGAAGCUCUUCUUCCUUCCACGACAAUACCGCCAACGCAACGGUCGGGACACAACUGACGAGGUGGAGAUGAAGGAUGUCUACGAAGAGGUUGAUAGCAUGAUGACCAAAAUGAAAGUUGGGAUGCACAAAAUCAAACCUUGCACUAGGAAAUACGCCUUUGAACUACCCGAAAUACCGAAGGAAGGUGAAUAUCUGAAAUUACUGUAUCCCUACUCAAAUCAUGCAUUAAAUGCAGACCAGCUAACCGGCUCGACUUUCUCUCAUGUUUUUGGAGCAAAUACUCCACUCUUCGAACAAUUCGUUCUCUGGAAGAACAUUAUGGGUCCAUGUUGGUUGAAAAUUGAAGAUGCAGACUUUGGGACUCUUAAAAACGCUUCUCACUGCAAAUUAGAAGUUCAGGUUACAAAACCAAAUCUGAUUACUCCCAUCAGCGAUUCUGAUAAUCUCGAAGCGCCACCAUUGACUCUGAUGAGCAUUGCGAUGCGCACUGUUUUCAAUGUCAAAGAAAAUAAACAAGAAGUUCUCGCAAUCAGUGCACGCAUUUAUCAAAAUAUCUCGCUAAGCGAUACCACUCCACCUGAAAAAUUGCCUUGCCAAACUUUUACUGUCAUGCGGCCAAAUGGAUCACAUUUUCCCAUCGGGUUCGAGGUGUGGUUAAACAGCAAAGACUCCACAAUGGUCACGAAUCGGUCGAAUGAGACGUACCCAAUGGCCAAGCUCUAUGGGAAGAUGGGCGGAAAUUUCUUUGCAGAGCGUACGCUAAUGUCAGGUCGUCUAAUGUGUGACUUGGCCAAUGACAUGGGAAAAUCGACUAUGACGAAAUGUACAUCUUGGACCCUUACAGAGAUGUGCAGCCUUUACUUGUCAGGUACUAAUCGUCGAGAAAUCGACAACGAGGCUGCAUUGAAGACAUGGGCUACUAAUAAGGAUGGCCUUAUGGACUAUAUCAGUCAUUGCGAAGCAGACACGUACUUCAUUGCAGCUCUUGCCUUGAAGGUUCAAAUGCUUCCUUUAACCAAAGUUCUCACUAACUUGGCUGGAAAUUCUUGGGCAAGAACACUUACCGGUACUCGAGCUGAACGCAAUGAAUACAUUUUGUUACAUGAAUUUCAUCGCAAUAAGUAUAUUUGUCCCGACAAAGCUGUUUUCAAGGGUAAACAACAAGCCGAGGAAGAGAAUGCCGACGAAGAAAGUGGGGAUGUGAAGAAGAAGGACAAGUACAAGGGAGGUCUAGUAUUUGAGCCUGAGAAAGGUCUGUACGAUAAAUUCGUGCUUGUCAUGGAUUUCAAUUCCCUGUACCCCAGUAUCAUCCAGGAAUAUAAUAUUUGCUUUACUACUGUUGAUAGGUUGAAUUUGUCCAAUGACGAGGAUCGGGUGCCAGAGGUGCCAACAGAUCAGGAUCAAGGUAUCUUGCCCAAACUCAUUGCCACACUUGUUAGUCGACGUCGACAAGUCAAGAGUCUUAUGAAAGACAAGCAUGCAACCUCGGAGCAAUUGGCAACUUGGGAUAUUAAACAGUUGGCACUGAAGCUUACUGCUAACUCUAUGUACGGUUGUUUGGGUUACACUAAAUCUAGAUUUUAUGCUCGACCCCUUGCAGUUCUCACGACAUACAAGGGUCGUGAGAUUCUUCGAAGUACCAAGGACCUGGCCGAGAGCAAAUCUUUACAAGUUAUCUAUGGUGAUACAGAUUCGGUCAUGAUUAAUGCCAACGUGGAUAAUAUCCAAGAUGCUCUUGCAGUUGGAAACGACUUCAAAAAGUCUGUCAACGAUUUGUACAGGCUAUUAGAAAUCGAUAUCGACAAUGUGUUUAGACGUAUUUUACUUCAAGCUAAGAAGAAAUACGCUGCCAUUAACCUUGUACAGGUUGAUGGAAAGUUCAUUGACAAAAUGGAAGUCAAGGGUUUGGAUAUGAAGCGUCGUGAAUACUGCAACUUGUCAAAGGAAGUUUCAUCUCAACUCUUGAACGAGAUUUUGUCUGGUGAUGAUUCUGAGGCUGUUAUCACCCGAAUCCACGAUUACUUGCGAGAAAUUUCAACAAAAAUGAGGGAAGGAAAUGUUCCUGUUCAAAAGUAUACAAUCUACACGAAACUUGGAAAAGCGCCCAAGGAUUAUCCUAAUGCCGAUAAUAUGCCGCAAGUUCAAGUUGCUUUACGAGAAUUGGCCAAGGGGAAACAGGUCCGAAAAGAUGACGUUAUCGCCUACAUCGUGACGGGAGAAGGAAAAACAUCUGAGAAUGCCGCGAAACGUUCAUUUACACCUCAAGAUGUAAUGAAGCGCGAUUCAGGUCUCAAGCCAGAUGUUGAAUGGUAUCUUUACAAACAAAUUUUCCCACCCGUCGAGAGAUUGUGCGCGAACAUCUCAGGUACCGAUACAGUACGCCUGGCUGAUUGUCUCGGACUUGAUGCACGCAAAUAUAGCAUCAAUAACAACAAUUCGGCAGGCAGCAAUGAAGCAGAAAUCCAUCCCCUCGAAAGUCAAAUUGACGAUUCUGUGCGCUUCAAGGAUUCAACUCGUCUCACCCUCCGCUGUCGAUCAUGUAAAGCUAUGUUUGGAUUCGAAGGUAUCCUCAAUAGUACGGAGAAUUGCUCUCCGUCUGGUAUUAUCUGUCGCUGUGGCACCACUCUCUCAACCCUUUCCAUCAUGACACAACUCGAACAUCAAAUACGUCAAGAAACAUGUAAAUAUUACGAAGGCUGGCUCGUGUGUGAUGAUCAAGCAUGUGGCAAUCGUACCAGACAAAUGAGUGUUUAUGGCCAUAGAUGCUUGGGACCAAAGGGGUUGGCUCAAGGAUGUCUGGGCAAAAUGCGUUUAUUUGAUGUGGAUAAGGCGAGGAGUAAUGCUAGGGGUACGGAAAAAGAACUCGUUUCAGCAUUAGCAGAACAUAACCGAGUCAGAUUUGGUACGCUAAAAAGUGUGGUGGAGAAAUAUCUGGAUAAAUGUGGUAGGCAGUGGGUCGCGAUGGAUAGUCUAUUUGGGAAAUUGGGUUUCUCGGCUAUGUGA